AUGGCAAAACACGAGUUCUCCCAGCCCGCAGGCGGGCCUACAAUGUUUGGAGUACCUAUGAAGAAGAUCUCGUUGGUCACGCUGACCUUCCAAAACUCGGCCCUCAUCCUGAUUCUGCACUACUCGCGGAUGAUGACGCCUGAUGGCGACCACAGGUACUUCGCGUCGACAGCCGUCUUCCUCAACGAAGUCAUCAAGCUCGCUAUCUCCUUGACCUUCGCGAUAUACGAGGUAUCGCGGACCCUCGCGCCCCAGACGCCAGUGUCGGUCAUAUUCGAGCAGAUCUACAACUCGGUAUUCUCGGGCGAUGGGUGGAAACUCACGAUCCCAGCCGCGCUCUACACCUUCCAGAACACGCUGCAGUACGUGGCUCUGAGCAACCUGGAUCCGGUCCAUUACCAGAUUCUCUACCAACUGAAGAUUCUCACCACGGCUUUCUUCAGUGUGACCAUGCUCGGCAGAUCGCUGGGCCCCAAGCGCUGGUUUUCCUUGGUCAUCCUGACCAUGGGCGUCUCGAUCGUGUCCCUACCGACAUCCACCUCCCAAGACGCAUCCCUCCUGAUUCACGACUUCAGCGACCACUUCUUUCCCCGAUCGCUACACGAGCUGGGACAGUUGGCUGGUGGCGUGACCGAGGUGGCCCGGGAAUUGACCAAGAGGGCUGCGACUAGUGCAGUCGAGGGCUUAACCAAGCGUUCGGCAACUUACCAGGGAAUCAAGGAGGACCUGGACAUGGCUCCCGUCAUGAACUACUCGGCUGGUGUCACUGCCGUCCUGAUCGCGGCUCUCGUCUCGGGGCUUGCCGGAGUCUACUUCGAGAAGGUGGUCAAGGAUUCUCCUACGCCCGUGUCCGUGUGGACCCGCAACAUCCAGUUGUCGUUCUAUUCGUUGUUCCCUUCCCUCUUCUUCGGUGUCUUCAUGACCGACGGCGAGGAGAUUGCCAAGCACGGCUUCUUCGACGGUUACAACUGGGUGGUCUGGGCGACGAUCCUGUGCCAGUCUGUCGGUGGCGUCCUAACCUCUCUCUGCAUCAACUACGCCGACAACAUCGCCAAGAACUUUGCUACCAGCAUCAGCAUCGUUUUGAGCUUCCUGUUCAGUGUCUUGUUCUUUAACUUUAGUGUCUCUUUGGCAUUUCUGGUUGGUACCCUGAUGGUGAUUGGGGCGACGUACCUCUACAGCGGUCCUGAGAGAAAACGCGGCCGGCCACCUCCCAUCAACAUCGUCAACUACGAAAGAACUACCAUCGACUCGACGCCGAGGACCCUCGAUGAGACCAAGCUUGCGACAGACCCGCUGGACUCGGUCAAGGCGAUAGGACUCUCCACUUCUCGCCCCUCUUCGCCGAUGCGGCACCACCACCGCGUUCCUUCCGCUAGGACGAAGAACCGGGAUGAAUAG